AUGGGCAUUUUGAAGCUGCCAGUGGUUCUCAUUGUGCUCUUUGUUGCAUUAAACCAUCUCGAAGGCGGUGGUAAACCCACUGAAAGUCGUCAGACGGAAAAGCGGAAGAGCCGCACUGCCACUUGUGCGACUCAACGCCUGGUCAGUUUUUUAGCUCCAUCCGGCAACAAACUUGGCGCCAUUUUCUCACCUAUGAAGGUGGGAUCCAGUACGUAUGGCAAGAGGAAAAAAGUUGAGAUCUCAAAGAGAGAACCAUUGAAUUACCCAUUUAGAGGUCAGUCUCCUCUACAGCUCUUAUUGCUUUAA